CACCUUUGAUCUGUUAUAAAGACUGGAUCUCUGUCCUCCUCUCAGACUGUUGUCUAAGAGACCCCUUCAUCCGUUUCACCAACCUCUAUCUGAGACAAGUUUGAAUUGUGAUCAUGGCUGUGACCAACCAACCAGGCAGAUUUGAGCCCUCUGAUUUCCAGACCGGCAUCUGUGAAAUCUGUGACGACUGUGGAACCUGCUGCUACGGGUUUUUCUGCUACCCGUGUCUCGGCUGCUCCAUCGCCAGAGACAUGGAUGAGUGCUGCCUGUGUGGUCUGGGCAUGCCCAUCCGCAGCGUCUACAGAACCCGAUACAACAUUAGAGGCUCUUUGUGUAACGACUACAUGAUGUCGAUCUGCUGCCCUGUUUGUGCCACCUGCCAACUAAAGAGAGACAUCGACCGUCGAAAGGAGCAGGGCAUUUUCUGAGAAGAUGCUGCCGUGACAUCAGACGUAAUCUACUGCAGCUGAUAAAGAGGAUCCCACCUAUUUCCUGACAAAGAAUAGUUUGUUUGCUGCAGCGUUCACCUUUUCUAUAAAUACUUGAUCUUUUUGUGGGAGCUGCGAAUCUGAGAAAAGCAGCAUUUAUAUGUUCCAGUGUGCUGCUCUGUGUGGCACACCUGAUAUGAUUUACUGCUUCACAGCCUGAGCUGUUGACAGGAUGGUGACGUCCUCUGCUCAUCUCAGUCCUGCUCUCAUUUAGGACAUCAUGAACUGAACUCUUCUUGUCUGUGGCACACAGAGAUUUUUAAAACAGCUGUCUUAAAAAUAAAAAGUGUAUUGAACCCUAAUCAGCAACUUCUACUAAAGGCUUUAAUAAAACUGAUUUAGGAACAGCAAAUAGUUUCUUGUCCUUUUGUUAUUUUAUUAUUCUAGACUGAGAUACUGAGCUGAAAUUUUGUAGUACCUGAGAGCGAGUUGUUAAUUCUUAUUCUUCC